GGGCCAUCUUUGGCGGUCUCUCGUCUUCGUCUCUUUGCUGUCCUUCAAACAGAACUGUACCAUCUCUCUCUCUCUCGACGACCAAAAAGAGAAUCAUUUUGAUCUUUCGAAUCUCUUCAUAACCAGGAUAUAUACUUUAAACGCUGAGAUUUACAAAAAAUGGCGAUUGGAUUAAGCACAAUGCUGGAAAAAACAGAGACUCUGUUAGGGUCAGAUCACGCAUCAGUCGUCUCCAUGAACUUGUUCGUUGCUCUGCUUUGCGCCUGCAUCGUGCUCGGUCACUUACUCGAGGAGACUCGCUGGAUGAAUGAGUCUAUCACAGCUCUUAUCAUCGGUUCAUGUACUGGUAUUGUGAUCUUGCUUAUAAGUGGAGGCAAGAGCUCAAGGAUUCUUGUGUUUAGUGAAGAUCUCUUCUUCAUUUAUCUUCUUCCACCGAUUAUAUUCAACGCUGGGUUUCAGGUUAAGAAGAAGCAAUUUUUCCGCAACUUCACGACCAUUAUGUUUUUUGGUGCUAUUGGUACUCUCAUUUCAUUUGUUAUCAUAUCAUUAGGUGCUAAACAUUUUUUCGAGAAAAUGAAUAUCGGAGAUCUCACCAUUUCGGAUUAUUUAGCAAUUGGAGCAAUAUUCUCUGCUACAGACUCUGUUUGCACUUUGCAAGUGCUAAAUCAAGACGACACACCUCUCUUGUACAGUCUGGUCUUUGGAGAAGGUGUAGUGAACGAUGCAACAUCUGUUGUGCUCUUCAACGCAAUACAGAGAUUUGAUCUCACAAACAUCAAUUCAACCAUAGCUUUGGAGUUUGCUGGAAACUUCUUUUAUCUCUUCAUCUUAAGCACAGCACUUGGUGUUGCAGCUGGAUUGCUCAGUGCUUUCAUUAUGAAGAAGCUCUAUAUUGGAAGGCACUCUACUGAUCGUGAAGUUGCUCUUAUGAUGCUACUGGCUUACUUAUCAUAUAUGCUUGCAGAGCUAUUCCACUUAAGCUCAAUCUUGACUGUGUUCUUCUGCGGGAUUGUUAUGUCUCACUAUACAUGGCACAAUGUAACAGAUAAAUCAAAAGUUACCACAAAACACACUUUUGCUGCAUUGUCAUUCCUAGCUGAGAUUUUUAUCUUCCUUUACGUUGGAAUGGAUGCUCUCGAUAUUGAGAAAUGGGACGUUGUACGCGACAGUCCUGGUCAGUCGAUUGGAGUGAGUUCAAUACUUCUAGGGCUUAUUCUUCUGGGUCGUGCUGCGUUUGUGUUCCCAUUAUCCUUCUUGUCUAAUUUGACAAAGUCACCAGAUGAGAAAUUAGAUUGGAAGAAACAAGUAACCAUUUGGUGGGCUGGUCUGAUGCGUGGUGCAGUGUCAAUGGCUCUUGCUUAUAACCAGUUCACAACUUCAGGACACACUAAGGUUCUUGGAAACGCUAUCAUGAUCACCAGCACCAUUACCGUUGUUCUUUUCAGUACUGUGGUGUUUGGUUUGCUAACCAAACCGUUAGUAAAACACUUGCACCCUUCAUCAAAACGGUCUUCCACGACAGCGCUGCUGAUCACACCGGGAUCUUCUUUACAGGAUCCGCUCCUCAAUGGUGAUAGUAUCUAUGACCCGUAUUAUGACCACAUUGAUCAACCGAUCACCUUUAGAAUGUUCUUGAAAACUCCGUCCCGAGCCAUUCAUCACUACUGGAGGAAAUUUGAUAACGCUGUUAUGCGUCGCAUUUUUGGCGGCAGAGGAGUUUCUCCUGUCGUUCCGGGUUCACCAGUUGAGACAAGUAUCCGGCAGUGGAGUGAAGGAGUAGAAAUCAAGGAACAAAACGGUGAACCUUGACGGACCAUAUUGAUAUGGGUAAAGGAUCUUUGACUAGAUGAUCGCGUUUAUGGCGUUUUGGACGCAAACGCAACAGACCGGCUCUCAUUUCUUUGCCUCCAGUUUUGGUACAAUGGUUUUUGCUAUACGGGCGCAUUUUGAUGUGGUUUUUUUCUCCGGUUUGAUUUUGGUUUUUGUUGUGGUUUUGUUAGAGCCGGUCCAAUUUUUUAUGGUUUGGGUUUUUGGUGUUUGGUUUAGCGGUUUUGUUGUUAAAUUGUAAUUCUCUAUGUAAAUAGGGACUGUGACUGAUAUAGGGGUGACUUGUGAGAAUGACUUGGGUAACUGUCCACCCCAAUUAACGUAGACGUUAGCGGCUGCGUUUUGAGAUACGCCGUUUGUGUUGGGGGGGUCGUUUUCUUUCAAGUUUUUUUCUUUCUUUGGUAUGAAUUUUCUUUAAAGUUUGUGUA